AUGGCGAAAACAGAAGCUGAGCUGGACCCACUAUGGCAUGACCUCAACUGGGCUGUUGGUCAGAUGUUGAUUAUGGGAUGGGAUGGUCAUGAAGUCACACCGCAGAUCCGUAAUUUGAUCGAGGAACACCAUCUUGGGUCAAUACUAUUGACGGCCAAGAACUUAAAGUCCGCCCACGAGACUGCGAGGCUAGUCCAGGAGCUGCAAACUAUUGCCCAUCAAGCUGGACAUCCUCAGCCAUUAUUGAUUGCAGUUGAUCAGGAGAAUGGCGGCGUCAACAGCCUAUUUGACGAGGACUACAUCUGCCAGUUCCCCAGUGCCAUGGGGGUGGCUGCGGCUGGGAGUCCCGAUCUCGCAUACAGCAUCGCCAAAUCCACAGCUACCGAGAUUGGCGCAGUCGGCGUCAAUAUGAUCUUGGGUCCGGUGCUUGAUGUCCUGACCAACGCUCGCUAUCAACCUCUCGGUGUCCGAGCUACUGGCGAUGAUCCCCAGGAGGUUUCACAGUAUAGUAUCGCAGCCAUCAACGGGUACAAGGAUGCGGGACUAGCAACCUGUGGCAAGCAUUUCCCCUCCUACGGAAACCUGGACUUCCUGGGCUCGAGCCUUGAUGUGCCCAUCGUCACGCAGACUCUCGAGGAGCUCAGCCUGAGUGCGCUUGUUCCCUUUAGGAACGCAAUCAAUACCGGCCGACUGGACGGCGUCUUCGUUGGUGGCGCCGGCAUCACCAACCCCUCUAUGAACGUCAAUCAUGCCUGUCUCUCAGAUCAAGUAGUGGACGACCUUCUCAGAAACGAGCUCGGUUUCAAAGGUGUCGCCAUCUCGGAAUGCCUCGAGAUGGAGGCCUUGAGCCACGAAAUUGGCGUGAAAGGUGGCACAGUCAUGGCCGUAGAGGCUGGCUGUGAUCUUGUGCUUCUCUGCCGUGCCUACGAUAUUCAACUCGAAGCAAUUGCUGGCUUGAAACUGGGUGUCGAGAACGGAAUUAUCCCAAUGUCCAGACUGCACACAUCGAUCCAACGAAUCCAACGCCUGAAGAACACAUGCACUUCCUGGGCUAAGGCGCUCAACCCCCCAGACAUUUCUCUUCUUUCUAAGAUCCACCCCAGCCAUCUCGCCCUUUCCAGAAAGGCAUACGAUGACUCAAUCACUGUCAUGAGGGACAAGGAUAAGCUGCUUCCUCUAUCCCGGUCUAUGCACCAAGAGGAAGAACUCCUGCUGCUCACUCCUCUGGUGAAACCACUUCCCGCAUCCACUGCGACCAAGUCACUGAAUGAGCUGAAGAAUGGAAAGGAACGCAACAUCCCAACUCUCCAUGACCAGUGGCAACACCGGGACAGAAAUGCAAUCAUGAGUGGCGAGGGAGUAUUCAGAGAACUUGGAAGGUCAUUGGCACGCGCAAGGCACGGAAAACUCUUGCAUACAUCAUACACGGCCAAUGGAGUCAGACCCGUGCACGAGAACCUGAUAAAUCGAGCUUCCUGUAUUAUCAUUGUCACGGCCGACGCAAAUCGGAAUCUCUACCAAGCCGGGUUCACCAAACACGUGGCAAUGAUGUGCUCGAUGAUGCGGGCUAGCGGCCAGAAGAAAUCGCUGGUUGUCGUGGCAGUCAGUUCUCCUUACGAUUUCGCCAUGGACAAAUCCAUUGGGACUUAUGUCUGCACCUUUGAUUUUACGGAGGAAGCGAUGCAUGCUCUCGUACGAGGUCUGUUCAGCGACACGCCGCCUCGCGGAACGCUCCCCGGCACACUGAGAAAGAGCAAGAAAGUGCUCAAGUCGAGGCAGCAAUGGCUCGUGGAGAAUUACCAGCGAGACCGAGACGCCAACCCUCUUGACAACCUCAUUCAUACCUUGUCGAGACCAAACGCAUCUGCUCUGCAAUUCCUAAGCUAUACGCGAGCCGUCUCCUUUGAACUCUUCAACCCGAGUAUUGAAGAGGCACACUUUGUGGUACGGAACAGCAGCACGCAGGCUCUGUAUGGCUUCUGUGCGACAUACUACGCCAAAGGCGUCGGCAUCAUCGGUGCCAUCUUUGUGGAUCCGGGGAAGCGCAACGUCUCCAUCGGCAGAUCUCUACACCGCCGCGCCAUCCGCCAUCUGACGCAGAAACGCGGCGUGAAGAAGAUUCAACUAGGCACCGCGUUCCCUGGUGUGUUCCCAGGAAUACCGGUGGAUGAUGGCACCAAUGUCAAGCAAUGGUUUGCGAACAGUGGUUGGGACAUAUCCUUCCCGAGACGGAUCACAAAUUUGGGCAUUAGUAACCUGGCCUCGUGGACGCCGCCAGAAGGCCUCGCACGCCACAUCGGGAGUGCAAGCAUUAGUUUCGACCUCAUCCAUGGUCUCGAUAACGCAGAGAGCGUCUUGAGCCAUGUAGCGACUCACGCCGGCCCGGAAGCAUUCGAGCUGUAUCGGUUCGCUCUCCAGGAGACCAAGACUUGCGGCGUGGUUCGUGCCAAGAGCCAGGUCGACAGCCUUCUCGGCACUGUCAUCAUCUGCAGCCCUGGCAGCAACCUGUCCACCUACAUCCCUGCACUGCAGCCGAGCUACCGGGACGAGCUUGUGGGGGGUAUCAUUGCACCCGUGGUGCCAACAACAGCCCAGGCGACCACAGUAUUGCAGGGCCUGGCGCUUAUGGGCGUGCGGCAGAACAAGGCGCACAAGUCGCAGCGGAGUGUUUUGAGUUGGGUGACAGACGAAUCCUACGAGCCACUCCUUGCCAUGCAGUUCGAGGUGCUGCAUGCAUAUGAGGAGCUAACGAAUUCCCCAGACAAUCAACAAAGACCCGAACUGCUCAACGAGGGCGCAGGCGCAAGGCGAGGCGCACCCAAGGAUGCGAAGAUGGACGGCUUCAGCUCCAUGCCAGCGCUGUCCAACGGCGGCAACACUGGCGAUCCGCUGGUGCUGAAUGUCAACCCCGGCGGCCAGUCGCUGGGCCUGGAUGCCUUCGAUCCAGAUAUGCCAUUCGAUGAUGGCUUACUAGACACUGUAAACAACGGGCUGCAAAUACCUUUCACGCCUUCGUACGACUUCGACAACUUCUCUAACUUUGAGGAUCCUUUCUCCUACUCUGCCCCGCGCCCAUACGAUGCCACUACCCAUGUCAAUGCCACCGGACUCGGUGUCCACACCUACCAGCACGAGUCUACGGAGAUGUAUGGCCAUACCGCCGACUCACCACAGGAGCUCGACAACAAGCUCCUGGGCUUCUCCGCGCCAGUUCCAUCAGGCAAGGCUCAUCUGAUCGAUGGCGAUACGGGCCAGCUCGUCACCGAUCUGGAGAUGGCUGCCGAACUCUUCGGCAUGUUCUUCGUCGCGGAAGACGUGUAUAAUGCUGAACCAAAUUCGAGUCGCCCACUCGAGCUGACAUGCUACCGACGUAACCUCUGGCAAUGCUCUGGCCAGCUGACGUUGCCCCGCCACAUCACCCAACUUGUGGAUGAGAAUGGACGGCAAAUGCCCAUCGCCGAGCUAGCUGCCAGCAUCACUGCAGUGGAAAGCAUCGAGGGAAAGUCUACAGAGAUUAUUUCCAUACCGUGGAAGAGUGCUGCGGCCGCAGCCGCGGCGGCGGCGGCGAACGGCGCGAGCAGUACUACGCAAAGUACCGAGGAGGCCGCCAAGGUCGCGAGUGCACCACCCAGAGUGACACUCGAUUUGGCCGCUGCUGCCGAGGCCGAGGGUAACGACUCUGAUGGGCAACGGGUGACUGUGCCCGUGAGCUGGAAGAGACUGCAGUUCAAGCAUGCCACGGCCAACAACGGCCGGCGCAAGGGGCUGCAGCAGCAUUACGUUGUCCAGAUCAACCUGCUAGCCCGGUGUGCCGCCACCGGAGCCGAGUCACCAUCGGCGGCCGAGUUUAUCAAGAUUGCCGAGAUCCAAUCCGGGCCCGUGAUCGUGCGGGGCAGGAGUCCGCGGAACUUCGACAGCAGGAAGGACGUGCCUCUGACCGGCAACAGCAUGGCGAACGCCGGCGGCAUGGGCGAGAGGAAACCCGGGCGGAGCAUGUCCAACGACACGCAGGGCUCGGCGAUGGGCACGAUGCAGAAGACGGAUAGGACUGAGCUUGCGCAGAAUCUCCAGAAGUAUCAUUCUCUGGGGAACUUACAGGCUUUUACCCUGACCAUUAUCGCAGCAAACCGGAAUCGACUGGACAACAGCCCAGGCCUUUGGCACUCCGACUCUACCACAGCAGCAACACCCGCCCAAGAAGAUGGCCUUGGCAUCUCCGAGUCUCGCAAGGCCGCCCGUGCCUGCGUGGUCCUCACAAGACUCGAUAAUAUCAAAUACGACGCCGACCCCGACGCACAAGCAGUUGCACUCGACGCCUACCAAGGCCGGGCUCGUCCGUGCCCGCAGCUCACGACCAAGAUGGCUGCUGCCAGCGGACUGGCCGGCGAGGGCACUCGGGCCAGCCCCAUUGAGGACGGCGAGCUGCUGUACGAGUACUUCCCGCUCAGUCUGGACGACUGGUUAGUGGUUUUCCCAGUACCGAAUCGAUUCGUUGUGAGAGGUGCACAGGAGACUGACACUGUAGGACGAAACAGGAUGCCACCGGUCGACGCGAUCUACCGACCCCAUGUUGUACACCAUACUGUCGUGCCGCCCGAGGUGCAGGCGCAACAGUCGCGGAACCGGACGAAGCGGUACUUCAUGCCUGAUUAG